AUGUUCAAACAGCUAAGAGUCAUACCAAGAUCAUUCUCCCCUCUAAGAUCAUCGAUCACAAGAUCAUAUCAUUCAGAAGAUCAUAAACCUUUCCAAUUUACAACACCUCAAACCAAAAUAUUAGAUGAAGCUUUGAAUUUAGUACCAAUUUAUGGAUUCCAACAUAAAGCUAUUCUUGAAGCAAGUCGUUCUCAGGGUUAUAGUGAUGCUAUUCAAUCCCUUUUCUCAAAUGGAACUUAUGAUUUGAUUCAUCAUCAUUUAGUUAAACAACGUGAACUUUUACAAACUUUUAUAACUACAGAUGAAUUUACUUCAUUGAAAUCAGAAAAUGAUAAAGUUAAAUUUUUGUUGAAGAAAAGAAUUAUGGCAAAUCAACCUUAUUUAAAACACCUUAAUCAAUUACAAAGUUAUUUAGUAUUACCACCAUAUUUCCAAUAUUCUUCAAAUGAAUUACAUAACUUAAGUGAUGAUAUCUUACAUUAUUCAGGUGAUUUUUCAAAUGAUUUCGCAUGGUAUUCUAAAAGAUUAUCCCUAAGUUCAACUUAUGUUGCAUUAGAAUUAUUUCAAUCUCAAGAUAAAUCAAACAAUUCUACCAAAACUUUAGAAUUAAUUGAUAAAAGAUUAAAUGGUAUAAAUGAAUUAGGAAAUUUUUAUAAUGAUGCUGAAGAAUUUUUAAAAUUUAGUAUUAAUUCAAGUAUUAAUUUAUUUAAAUCUCAAGCAUCAAGAGGUUAA